AUGAAAUACAACAAAAGCUUCACGGCUUUGGUUGCCGCCGGCCUGGUCCGAAGUUCGCUCGCUCAGACAUGGUGCGGGAAGAAUUAUAUGUCAAAUCAGUCUGUGGUGCCUCCUGGCGGACAGUUUGUAUUGCCUACGCGGAGUGUUGAUCCGCUUCUGUCCUUCCACUGUGCCCCUGUCUUCCGUCCAUACCUCCAGGAGGAUGCGAAGAGCGCAGCAUUUGUAGUGGAUACACCAAUUGUUUACGACUGGGUCACCGGCGCUGAGCCCAUCUUACUUCCUUCUACCUCCGGCUCUUCUGGCAGUUCCACUGGCCUAGGAAGCAUCAGCGUCACAAUCAACGUGGGCUCCGUAAAGACCACUGCAAAUGUCCCUCUGAACGCCACCAACUUUCAAAUCCCCGUAGAUAUCAGCAGGCUCCAGGCUCAGAAGUCUGCAUACCAUGUCAGCUGCUCCGCUACAUACACUUCCUCUUCCUCUUCGAAGUCCCAGAAAUUCAAGACUAGCACAUCCCUUUUGUAUCUCCCUGACACAAAUGCUUCCGUCACCAAGACUGACUUGCGCACUGGCGCACUCUGGGUGAGGCCCGCAAAUGGCAAGGGUGGAGCAUUUGCGCCCUUCGUCCCUCAAGGUUUCUACAUAAAUUUCGACGAGUAUCUGGCGACAAAUUUGACUAUGAUCGAUCAACUCAAAGCCGACGGGUUCAACACUAUUCACCCAAUUCCUCCUUACUCCAAUCUUACUAUCUUCGAAGAAGUCAUCAACAAGACCAUUAGUGCUGGCAUGUACAUUGUUUAUGAUAUGCGAUCCAACUACCAAAACUUGACCGCUGUCGCUCAACAAGUGGAGGCCUACGCCUCGAUUCCCAACCUAUUGAACUGGGAAACCGCCCACGAGCCUGAUGGCAACUCCGACCCCCUGGGUGCGGCGCAGUCGACAUACGACUUGAUAUAUGAGAUAGACGGAUAUCACCCUGUCUCUAUUGUUCUGAAUUGCGAGGACUACAACUUCUCGCCUUACGUCAAGGGAGCCGAUAUUGUUCUUCAGGAUGCUUAUCCUAUUGGUAUUAACGCCACAUAUUCCCCAGUGUGGCACACAGUGUGUACUCCGGACUUUGGUCACUGUGGUUGCGACAACUGCAAUGGUACCUUGUACGAUGUCAGGGCCCGUGUCCAGACAUACAAAGAUAGGCUCAACAUUUUGGGCUUUGACCGCACCAAAUCUGUGUGGACCACGCCCCAGGCAUUCGGCAGUGGCGCAUACUGGAACACCACUCCCACUGGGCAGCAAUGGACUGCUAUGGGAUUCACUUCCUUUAGCCAUGGUUCCAUGUCCUACCAAUACCCGACCACAACCGGCAAUGUUACGACAAUCGAGGGGACAGCGACUAACCUUACUGUUCUCAUCAAGGACAUCGUUCAGCCAUUCAUCGUCGACCCGAACGCUACAUUUACCAACUACGAUCAUCUAGGUGUGGAUGCCGGCCUCUGGCACAACGGCACUGCAUACUUGCUCGUCGUUGCCAACUUGGUCAACGCGAUAGUCUACGUGCCGUGGACGGACGUUGGAUUGGGCUCGAUCACCAACUCGACCACGCAGGUACAGCGCAUAUUCUCUGUCUCACAGAAUACCAACGCCACUGGUCUGAACUUCCUACCUGGAGGUAUUGGUAUUUACACUGCGACUCCCCCCUGA